CUCAAUCCCCCUGCUGCCGAACAUGACUUGAGAGACUCCCGGUGCCUUACAUCACCGGAAACACACCUGUCUCCGACAACCUUCUCUGUGAGACGGUUGAGAAGACAGCCGCCCGCACUUGAACCCUUCAAGCCGGUUGUUGCCGGAAUUCAACAGCCUCUAGACCUGACUUCUAGGUACAGGUACGGGGCUCGUCCCCUCUUCAAACGGCGUCUACAUAUUUACAGCUGUCAUACAGGUAGAUUUACUUGUGAGAGUUUUACUUAAACCAGAGAGCACUGAAAGAAGCCUUCCCCGGACGGUGUUAGGCAGCCUAGGGACCAAGAUGCGGUCUGCGGCGGUUCUGUUGUUUCUCGCGGGCGUCUUGGCAUCGACUACCGGCAACGAAGAAUCCUGCCAGGUAGGGAAAGGGCAGGCCUACCGAGGGACCACAGUCUCUGUCACCAACACGGGGAAGACGUGCCAGCGCUGGGACAGUCAGUCACCGCACUCACACAACAAGAAGCCUGAUAGAUAUCCGUCAUCCGGACUGGAGGACAACUACUGCCGGAAUCCGGAUGGCGAACCCGGAGUGUGGUGCUACACCACGGAUCCCGAGACCAGAUGGGAGCUGUGUGACGUACCGUACUGUGGUAAGGUUUGA